GGUUCAGUUUUCACUUUCUGUUUUUUUCCCCGCCGCUCCCGCCCCUCGUCCCCUCCUUCCCUCCCUCCCUCUCUCUCUCUCUCUCCCUCCUCCCUCUCCGUCCUUCCACUUCCUGGGGCCGGCGGAUGGCGGGGGCCGCCCCGCGCCGCCUCAUGCCGCCGGCCCGGGAGCGGCGGCGCACCGGGCGCCGGGCGGGGCGGCCAUGAGGGCGGCCUGAGGGACGGCUCCGAGCGAGCCCGGCCAUGGGCGAGAGGCGGCGCGGGGAGAGCGGCGAGCCGGGCACGGGAUUUUCCCCGGAUCCCGAGGAGCAGGGCUCCCUGCUGCAGCGGGCCGUGGCCGUGCUGCAGAGCUCCUCGCUGCACUCCAGCUCCCAGCAGGGUUUCCAGUACAGCAGAGCCAUCCUGGUGGAAAACGAGUUUUUCCUGAGUGAGCUGCAGGCGUUUGCCCGCGCCAAGGCCGCUGCAGGGUACAGCCAGGAGGAGCUGCAGGAGACCUUUGCGUUCCUGCCCUUCGAGCAGGAGGAGGAGGCCCAGCGGGUGUGUGAGCGCGGGCUGCGCGUCAACAGCAGCAGCAGCUGCAGCCUGGGGGACCCUGCCAAAGGGGUUUAUAUUUCCAAAUAUUCCGACUGCCUCCAUCCCAGCCCUUGGCACCAGGGAAAAUCAGGAUUUAUUGUCAUCUGCAAACUCAUCAAGGGCAAGGUCCGAGCCAUCCCUGAGAGCUCCCCCAGCAGCUGCACCUGCCCCUCGCCCGGCUACGACUGCCACGUGUCCAGCGGGAGCAGCCAGUACUACGUGUACGAGGUGAGCGGGGCGGGCGCGGCCGAGCGGCCCCGCCAGGUGUGCCCGUACGUGCUGCUGGCGUGCCAGCACCGCCCGGCCCGCGAGAUGCCGGCGCCGCUCUGCCCAGUGGAGCAGAACCACCAAGCGCCGCGCUCGCCGUGCCCAGCGCCGUGCCCGUGGCGGGGCCAGCUCUGCAUCGGGGGCCGGCGCCUCUGCACCAUCGGCCUGAGGAGCCGGCACAGCGCGGGCAGCGUGCCCGCCCAGCUGCCUCCCAGCCUGGACAUCAAACACGUCAUGGGAUUGUCUGACCUGAAGAAAAAACUUCCAGAAGCCGCUUUUGGGAAAAAAAAUUACACCAGGAAUGAAGUCUGCUUCCAGGGUGUUUACUCCAGCCUCUACGAGGUGGAAAUAUCCAACAAGGAGCAGUCCAGGAUGGAUCAGCUGCUGGAAAAGCUGAGGGAGCAGGACCUGGCAAUCAUCAAAUAUUUACAGGACCAGGGAGUUCUGAUCCUGCUCACGUCCUCAGCCCUGGCACGGGAGGAUGGCCUGGAGCCCAAGGAGCCCAAGGAGCCCAGGGAGCCCAAGGAGCCCAAGGAGCCCAAGGAGCCCAGGGAGCCCAGGGAGCCCAAGGAGCCCAGGGAGCCCAGGGAGCCCAAGGAGCCCAGGGAGCCCAGGGAGCCCAAGGAGCCCAGGGAGCCCAAGGAGCCCAAGGAGCCCAGGGAGCCCAAGGAGCCCAGGGAGCCCAGGGAGCCCAAGGAGCCCAGGGAGCCCAGGGAGCCCAAGGAGCCCAGGGAGCCCAAGGAGCCCAAGGAGCCCAGGGAGCCCAAGGAGCCCAGGGAGCCCAGGGAGCCCAAGGAGCCCAGGGAGCCCAAGGAGCCCAGGGAGCCCAAGGAGCCCAAGGAGCCCAGGGAGCCCAAGGAGCCCAGGGAGCCCAGGGAGCCCAAGGAGCCCAGGGAGCCCAAGGAGCCCAAGGAGCCCAAGGAGCCCAGGGAGCCCAGGGAGCCCAGGGAGCCCAAGGAGCCCGUGACCCUGCUGGCCCUGUUCCUGUUCCGCUCCCCCCGCGCGCUGAGCCCCCAAGCGGAACAGCCGGACCCAAGGGCCAGGCAGGACGGCAGUGCCAGGAAUUCCCUCUCCCUGAAAAUCGCCUCCGUGGUGCCGGGGCUGCGCUACGCCCUGCGCAAAGCAGCCAGCUCCCCCUGCAGCCCCCCGGGCGUGCCCAGCAUCCAGCAGCACCUCCAGGAGUAUGCCCAGCUCCGGGACAGCCCUGAGGGCAGCCCGUGGCAGGGCAGGGACACUCCCGAGGCCGCUGUCCCCUGUCCCUGGCAGGAGGGGGGCGCGGGCCCGUGCCUGGCGCAGCUGCGCCGCUACCUCUGCGACCCCAGCAGCUUCACCCUGGGCAUCUCCGCAGCCCUGCGGUGCCUGCGUGGGGCUGGCAGCGAGCUGGCACCCGCUCCUGGCAGCUCCUGCUCCUCCCCCGUGCCCCCAGAUCCUGCUGCUGCCAGCGGAGCGCCGGGAAUUCCGCGGGAUAAGGAAGGGAUUCCCAAUGUGCAUUCAGAGAGAUUGCUGAAAAGUUUCACCUCUCCCACCAAGCCCUGGGGCAGGGAGGUCAGGAGGAAAUCCAGCAGGAUCCUCGGGAAGAGCGUGCCACCCCUCAAGGCACAAGCAUGUCCUGGGGAGAGCAGCAGCAGGAGCAGGGAGGCAGCCAGGAAAAAAACCAGCGUCGCCUCCUCUUGUCCCAAAAAAUCGGGAUCUGCUGGGAAUGCCAACGAGCCCAUGCUGAAAUUGGCCAAUUUGCAGUUGCCACAUGGAAGGAAAAGAGGUGCAGAGGUGCUGGCUGCAGAAAUUGUCCACAAACCCCAGUGUGAGAGUGCUGAGAAGGAAAUCUCAGCUCCCAAUGGUCCUGGCGUGGAGGCAAAGAGGCCAAAAACUGUGGAAAACCUGGAUUCCAAGAAGGUCCCUGUCACUGAGGGAGGCAUGAAGCCAGGGAAAAGCAAAACGCAGAAAAACGUGGAAAACAAAACAUCCAAACCUCCUGAGAAGCAGCAGGAAGAGAGCGAGCUGAAGGAGCUGCUCUCGGAGCCGCCCCCCGAGGCCCCAUCCCAUCCCUCUGGAGCAGAAAUCCCAGGGAAUGUUCAUGCCGUGGCACUUCCCAGCGUGGCCUUUGCCCUGCCGGGGGACAGCAGUGACUCGCACGCCCUGAACCUGCUGGCUGACCUGGCGCUGGGCUCCUGCAUCCCUGCCUUCAUUCCCAAGGAUUCCGGGAGCGUCCCCACGGAACCUGGGCAUCCCUGGCAGCGGCAGAGCCCCUCCGACCCCAAAUCCCCGCGCGUGGAUUCCGACCACAAAUACCACAGGGCAGACAGGCAGGGCAAAAAACCCACCUGCAGCAGAGUGCCCCCGACCCAGCCGCUUCCCGAAGAAGCAGAUCCCAGCCAGCUGGCCUCUCCUCCUUUGGAAAAACCCUCUGGAAUUCCCAGCAGGAGCAGCGGGGCUCCCAUCCCCGCCGCGUUCCGGGCGUUCCCUCCCCGGGCGGCUGCGCAGGGCUGCGGGGUGAACAAGCACUCCAUCAUCUCAGCCGAGCACUCCUACGCCUCCCCGCUGCCCGAGGAUCCCAGAGCAGCCCCAGAUCCCAAAGGGAAUCCCGGAGCUGCCCCCAGGAACCCCGCGGGAGCUCCCUUGGUUGGGAAGGUGCUGCCGUUCCGGCGCCACCAGAGCAGCGCCGAGCCCGCCCGGAGCCUGGGCGCUCCCAGGAAAAAGGAGGAUUUCUCCCAGAGCCACACGGUGAAUCUCUGUGGGAACUCCAUGAAGGUCACGUGCCGGUGGGAGGAGGAGUACCUGUUCCACCUGGACAGCAGGUACACCAAUGAUUCCCUGGAGAAAACCGUCAUCCGUGCCCUGCAUGGGCCCUGGGAUCCCGAUCUUCCCGACGAUGUGGAAGGGAUGAAGCUGAUCCUGCACAUGUGGGUGGCCCUGUUCUACAGGAAGCCCAGCAAGCUCCUGAGCAGCUCCAGGAAGGUGGUGGAGCACAGCAAUCCCAGGAAAUUCGUCUCCAUCAACAGCUCCGGCUUCCUGGAGCUCAGUGACGACAGCCAGGACUGCUUUGGCUUCGAGACGUGUCCCGCAGACUCCGGCUCAGAUCCUGACCAGACCCCCAGCAGCUCCCUGGAUCCCAGCCCCCCUUCCCAGGGCUCUUCCCAGCCCCAGAGGAGCCCGGCGGAUUCCCAGACGGACGCGGACGGAGCCGCUGCAGCCGUGGACAGCACGGUGUCCUCCUCCUCGGGGGAGCUGCCCUGCGGGGAGGAGGAGGAGCAGCCUUCCUCCACCAGCUGUCCCGAGAGCCUUUCCCUGCAGGAUGGUGCCAGGGAGAAGCUGGAUGUGGCAGGGGGGGAGCCGGAGGGCGCUGCCGAGGAGAGCGCGCGCCGCGUCUGGAGCGUCACCGCGGAGGAGCCAGCCAAGGAGGAGCUGCUGGAUGCCAGGAUCACCCCCAGCCCUCCCCAGGAGCUCGGCUGUCCCAGCAAAUCCCCGGGCACGGAAAACCCCGGGAGCCAAGCCCCAAACUCCAGCACAGCUCCAGGGACAGACCCCCCCGGUGCCCCUCAGGAAAACGGGGAGCAGCAGCAGCAAAACCAGCAGGGAGCAGGCUCGGGGAGUGGCCCCGGCCCUCCCGAGGAUGAGGAGGGAGUGGAAGGCUCAGGGCAUUCCCUGGAAGUUGAGGAUGGCGCUGGUGCGCAGCCUGCCUGUGAUUCCGCGCCCUUGGAAGCAGCUCCUGGGAGUGCAGAGCCUGGGGGAGCCACCGAGGAAGAGGAGGAAGGCCAGGAGCACUCGGAAAAGGAGGAGAGGGAGGAGGAGGAGGAGAAGAAGGAGAAUGAGGAGAUGGAGGAUGAAAGCUCCUUCGUGGGCCCUGUGGGCUUGGUGCUGUCCGAGAGCAGCGAUGCCGAGAUGGAGUGCGAGCACGGCGAGAAGAUUCCAGGGAAUUCGGCGUCUCCAGAGCGGUUUGGUGUUCCUGAAGAGACCCCCCUGCCCAGCCCCACCUCCCUGGCUCCCCACUGCCCCGACAGAUCCUCCCCAGCGCCCUCAGAUGGGGCCGGGACUGACCCUGGGGGCUUUCCUGAGAUGUCACCAAAGCAGGAGGAGCUCCCGGAUCCCUGGGACGCUCCGGGCACGCCGCAGUCGGGGACAAACGGGGUUGGAGGAGGUCUGGCCGAGGUGGGGUCACCCCACAGUGACAGUGGGGAGCUGCCAGUGCCCCCCGAGCCCAGCCCUGUCCGUGAGGCACAGCCCGACAGCGUUACAGACAGCCCAGGACCUGCCGGAGCCACGCUGGGAAACGGCUCCGGGCACAAACACCAGGAUCAGGCUCCCCCUGGGGAGCGCUGGGAGCCUGCGGGGAGCACGGGGUCCCCCUGCAGACAGGGGGUGAGCCUGGCCCUGUCCCCCGACUCCAGCUCGCUCUGCCUGACCUCUCCCGACGCGUCCAUGGAGCCCUGGGCUGCUCCAGAGGAUCAGCCCAUGGAGAGCGUCCAGUCCCCGACCCAGAGCGACCGGGCACGGAGCAGCUGCUCCCCCCAGCCGGGUGGGGGUGACCCCGAUCCCGACCCCAAUUCCCUGGAUGCUGAGGAGUCAGAGCAAGGCAGGAACGGGGUUUUGGUGGAGGAGCAGCAGGGGAGCCCCUCUGCCAAUGACAUGGAGGAGCUGGAUGAUCCCGUGGGAGCGGGAGAGGGCCGGGACUCGCCCUUUGAGUACACAGACAGAGCUGAGGAGAGCGAGGAUGCGUUCCCUGGGACAGAGAAUUCCCCUGGGAAUGACACCACGGACGUGGAGAUGGCAGAGGUGCCUCUCCACCGUCACCUCCUGGAAUCAGAGCCCUCCUCCUCCAUCAUCUCAGCCACACAGGAGCUCCCCAGGCAGCAGCAGAGCUUCCCAAACCUCCAGGGGGGCUCAGACCCCAACGCCGGCGUUCCCGCCCUGCCAGGCCGCCGGGAGUCGGUGCUGUGCCGCCUCUGGAAGCCUCUGGAAGGAGGAGCCACGCGGGUGAGCGUGGCUGCCUGGAGCCUGGAUGGCUCCUUCCCCCCCAGCCGUUCCCCGGAGCUGCUGGAGUGCCCAGCUCCCUGCUGCCCCGUGGGUGCGCCAGCGGAGCCGGGAUCUGCUCCCUGUGAUCCAUGGGAGCCAGCGGAGCCGGGAUCUCCUGCUCCUCCUCCUCCUCCUCCUUGUGAUCCAUGGGAGCAUCCGGAGCCUGCGGAGCCGGGAUCUGCUCCUGCUCCUCCGUGUGAUCCAUGGGAGCCAGCGGAGCCGGGAUCUGCUCCUCCUCCUCCUUGUGAUCCAUGGGACGAUCCGGAGCCUGUGGAGCCGGGAUCUGCUCCUGCUCCUCCUCCUCCGUGUGAUCCAUGGGACGAUCUGGAGCCUGCGGAGCCGGGAUCUGCUCCUCUUCCUCCUUGUGAUCCAUGGGACGAUCCGGGGCCUGUGGAGCCGGGAUCUUCUCCCUGUGAUCCAUGGGACGAUCCGGAGCCUGCGGAGCCGGGAUCUGCUCCUGCUCCUCCUUGUGAUCCAUGGGAUGAUCCAGAGCCUGCGGAGCCGGGAUCUGCUCCCUGUGAUCCAUGGGACGAUCCGGAGCCUGCGGAGCCGGGAUCUGCUCCUCCUCCUCCGUGUGACCCAUGGGACGAUCCGGAGCCUGCGGAGCCGGGCUCGCCGCUCCCCGGGAUGCUCCCUGACACUCCAGACAGUGCCCGGUGGGCCGGGAGCCAUGGCAGCCCCAGGAGCAGCCCCAGGAGCUGUGCUAGCCCCAGGAGGAGCCCCAGGAACUAUGGUAGUCCUGAGAGGAGCCCCAGGAGCCAUGGCAGCCCUUCCUGCCAUGGCAGCCCCGGGAGCUGUGGCAGCCCUGGAAGGAGCCCCAGGAGCUGCGGUAGCCCCGAGAUCCGUGGCAGCCCUGGGAGCAGCCCCAGGAGCCGUGGCAGCCUUUCCUGCCAUGGCAGCCCCAGGAGCCAUGGCAGCCCCAUGCACGGUGGCAGCCUGAGGAGCCCUGGUAGCCAUGGUAGCCCCAGAAGCCAUGGCAGCCCCCGGAGUGGUGGCAGCCCCAGAAACCAUGGUAGCCAUGGUAGACCCAGGAGCCCUGGUAGCCCCAUGAACGGUGGCAGCCCCAGAAGCCCUGGUAGCCCCAGGAGCCAUGGCAGCCCCAGAAGCUAUGGUAGCCAUGGUAGCCCCAUGAAUGGUGGUAGCCCCAGAAGCCGUGGUAGCCCCAGGAGUGGUGGCAGCCCCAGAAGCCCUGGUAGCCCCAGAAGCUGUUGCAGCCCCAGGAGUUGUGGCAGCCCCAGAAGCCAUGGCAGCCCCAGGAGCCAUGGUAGCCAUGGUAGCCCCAGGAGUUGUGGCAGCCUCAGGAGCCGUGGCAGCCCCAGGAGCCAUGGUAGCCGUGGUAGCCCCAGAAGCUGUGGCAGCCCCAGGAGUUGUGGCCGCCCCAGGAGCUGUGGCAGCCCCAGGAGCCGUGGUAGCCAUGGUAGCCCCCAGAGCCAUGGUAGCUGUGGCAGCCCCAGGAGCCGUGGUAGCCAUGGUAGCCCCCGGAGCCAGGCAGGGGAUGCCGGAGGGAGCCCCAGGGAGGAGCCCUUCCUGCCGGCGCACCUGGGAGGAGGCAGCAUUCCCAUUCCUGCACCUUUCCCAGCCUGGGGCUGUCCCCCGGGCGAGCCCUGGGAUGGGCACAGCCCCGAGGGGUCCCCGGCGUUCCCCGAUCCCGACUGCGCCGGCGCCGAGGCGGGACAGGGAGGAAUUCCAGCUUCUCCCAUCCCGUGGGACGAGCCCAGGGAGCUCUCUGGAGAACACCCGGAGUUCAGUGAUGCUGAGGAUAUUUCAGAUGUGCUCCCAAGGGAAGAGCAGCUCCCAAGCCAGGACACGCACGAGGGCUUGGCCUUUGAGGAGAAUUCCUUUGGUGACUCAGACCAGGAAUAUUUGGAGGGGAAUUCUCGCUCCCCUCUUCCAAGCAGGAGUUCCUGCAUCAUGACACCCACGGAUGCUGCAGGAGCCAGGACUACCUGGGACGGCUCCUCCAGGAGCUCCGUGCACACGGAGGAGCGUGGGGAGGCCUGGGACACCCCCGGGGAUUCCGGGAGCUUCGUGGUCACCGGGCAGUGCCAGGAGAGGGUGGAACAUUUCCAGCUUCCCAGGACGUGCAGCCGCCGUGCCCGCGAGUCUCACCUGGCCCAGUCCCUGACGGAGACCUGGAGGGGCUUCCAGGAGAUCACCCAGAACACUUUGGACAUGGAGUGCCUCCGCUUCCACUAUAAGCUAAAAGAAACCCUGAGGAACGGCAGGCCCCCCUUUUCUACCUCCAAAAGCACCUUCCCAGCCAGCUCCCCGCCCCGGCACGCCCCCGUCCCGCUGUCCCCGCGCAGCAGGAGCCCCUUGCAGGUGACGAUCCCCAGCUCGGGCGCGUGGCUGCGCUCCCACAGGGACGCUGGGGGCAGCAGGAGGAGCCGGGCUGGCAGGGAUGCCGGGGCUGGCAGGGAUGCCAGGGCUGCCAGGGCUGCCGUGCGCCUGGCCAGGCUGCGCUCGGAGCCCGCGCCGCCGGAGCCGCGCGGGGACGUGGCCGGAAUCCUGGAGGAGUUCUCCGAGUUCCAGAGGGUGCUGCAGGCCAGGGCCGAGCCCAGGAGCACAGCCCCGGCUCAGGGGCAGCCCCAGCCCCGGCCCCGGCCCGGCGGCACGGCGGCGUUCCCGGGAAUGGUGGCGGAGCUGUGCGGGGCCCUGCGCUGGCACCUGCGCCGCGUGGCCGCCGCAGCGCAGCCCGGAAUGUUCUACCUGCUGGAGACCGGGAAGGAGCCCUUCUUCGACAGGGUGAAGGCCCUGCUGGAGGCAGAGGGCUUGGUGAGCGUGGAGCCCCUGGAGUUCUGCAGAGCCCAGCCCCGGGGCAGCCAGCGGCUGCUGGUCAUCGUCAGGAACCAGGACAUCGCCCCCCACAUCCACACCGUGCCGUGCCUGCUGGAGCUGAAGUGCUGUCCCCGCGUGGUGUUCGCCGGCGUGGACGACCCCGAGGAGGUGACGGGUGACACAUUCCAGGAGCUCUUCCAGGCCGGGGGAUUCGUGGUGUCCGACGAGGAGCUGCUGGAAAGGGUGACCCUGGGCCAGCUGAAGGAGGUGGUGAAGGUGCUGGAGAGGCUGAACAGCAGCGGGAGGUGGAAGUGGCUGCUGCACCACAGGGAGAGCAGGAAGCUCAGAGGAGACCUCAGCAGGGACGACGGCAGUGCCCAGAAGAAGCAGCUGCUGCUGCGCUGGUGCCAGGGGGCCGAGCUGCUGGAGCUGCUGCCCCUGCACGGCUGCGACGGCGCGGCCGGGCCCCGGCGCGCGCAGUGCCUGCUGCAGCUGCAGGGGCUGCACGCCCGUGCCAGGUUCGCCGUGUACCUCACAGAAAAUGCCAGCAGCAGCUGCAGGGAGAUCCUGGAAAGCAAAGGGAUUCUUGUGGCUGACAUCAACACCUUCCUGGGGACGGUGCAGAAGAUGGCUGCUCCCUUCAGGAGGAGCUACUGGUGACAAAGGGAAGGCACCAGGACACGGCUCCUCCCCAGGCCCUGUGGCACCGGUCUGGGCACCCCAGCCCUGUGGGGGACAUCCCCACCAGCCAUCCCAGUGGAUCCCAACCAUCCCAAUGGAUCCCCACCAUCCAUCCCAGUGGAUCCCAGCCAUCCCAAUGGAUCCCCACCAACCAUCCCAGUGGAUCCCAGUGAUCCCACUGGAUCCCCACCAUCCAUCCCAAUCAAUCCUAUCAAUCCCAGCAGAUCCCCACCAUCCAUCCCAGUGGAUCCCAAUUAUCCCACUGGAUCCCCACCAUCCAUCCCAAUCCUACCAAUCCCAGCAGAUCCCCACCACCCAUCCCAGUGGAUCCCAGCCACUGCUGGGGGCGGGGGAGAGUCGUUUUCAGCUCUGUGCAUAAAUCUUAUUUAAAGGUGGGAAAUGCAGAUCCCCAGGGGAUUCAUUCCCUGCCGUCCAGCCUCACAUAGGAAAGGUUUUUUUUAAACGGUACAGGUAAAUUAUUGGAGUGGUUCCAAGUCUUUUCGUGCAGCUGCCGUUGGAGCAGGCAAAAGGAUUUCCCAAAGUCUACCUGAAGAUCAGGAAGGAGAACAAAUCCCUUUUCCACGUGGCCGUUGCUGUUCAGGCCCACACUACAUUUCAGCUCACCCCCGUUGCCUCCUGGUUCCCUGCUGGGCCCCGUGGACUCCCUGGGAAGAGCAGGAACAAAAUAAGCUUUUAUUUAUGGGGGCCCCGGCUCCGCGGGGCUGGGGAGUCCUUUCAGUUCCUUUUUAAAUCCAAGACUGCGAGGCCGUUCUGUACAGGAUGACUUUGUACAAAAAGAGUUUGAUUAAUAAAACCUCCAAAAUAACGAA